AUGUCGGCCUUACCUCCAUCGUAUGAUGCCCACCAGAACUACCCAAAUGACCCUUCCAAGACUGCUUAUCAGAUUCCACCACCACAGCCGGCAUAUGCCCAACCACAACCAGGAUAUGCCCAACCACAACCAGGAUAUGCCCAGCCACAGCCGGCAUAUGCCCAGCCACAACAGGCAUACACCCAGCCACAAUCGACUGGUUACAGCAACGCUGGCUAUGGACAAGCACCUGGCACCCAUGCGACCCAGCCUGGGUACAGCACCCAGUUUAUUGACACUGAGUACGCCUCCCAGCCAAAGUCUGAUGAUGAAGGCCUAUUUGGCGCUUCAUUUUCUAACAAAGCAAUUCGUCGAGCUUUCAUCCGCAAGGUGUACAUGAUCCUGUUUACCCAGUUGCUGGUCACAUUCAGUUUCAUCUGCCUGUUUAUAUUUGUGGACUCAGUGAAGCGAUGGGUACAGGAAAAUAUGUGGUUUUAUUUACUGGCAUACGGACUGUUUCUGGUGUUCUACAUUACCUUGGCCUGCUGCCCCAGUGUCAGGCGACAGUAUCCAGGAAACUUGAUUUGUCUUGCUGUGUUUACUCUGGCUUUUUCCUACAUGGCGGCAACUAUCAGCAGUUUUCACGACACCGGAAUCGUUUUGCUGGCAGCUGGGAUCACAGCGGCCGUGUGUCUGUCCAUCUCCUUGUUUGCCAUCCAGACUAAGAUUGACUUCACCAUGUGCAGCGGCCUGCUGUUUGUCCUGGUCAUGGUGCUCUUCUUUUUCGGCUGGGCCUGUCUGAUCACUUUCUACGCCUGGGGAGGCUCCAGCAGGAUUAUGAGCUGUGUGUACGGAGGUCUGGCUGCAUUGGUCUUUGGCCUGUUCCUCAUCUAUGACACCCAACAAGUUGUGGGCGGUCGCAAGUACGAGAUUUCUCCUGAGGAGUACAUUUAUGGAGCUCUGCAGCUGUAUAUUGAUGUUGUCUAUAUCUUCAUCAUCAUCCUCGGCUUCAUGGGCAAGAAAUAA